AUGCCUACUGCCACAGAAUUCUUUGGCAUUACAGCCCAUAACCUCGGUCCACUCACGACUACGUAUACCGCUCCAUCAUCAUGCGCGACCAAUUUGAACUAUCAUGUCUUCGUCAACGCGACUUCACCCCACGAUCUCCUGGCUGUGCCCAGUUGUAGUUGGCCGAAGUACGGUGAUUGUGUUCCCAGUGCCAAAGAAUGGGAAUUAACAGAUCAACAAACCACUACCUUUUAUCAGGGCACAUCAGUUUUUUUUUCGCCAGGCAUUGCUUGUCCCGCCGGUUGGAAUACCGUCGGGUUAUUAGCCCAUACCGAGAGUGGGAAGUUCAGCGCCUCUGGUGUUUUGGCGACACCAGCACCAAAGCUGGAGUAUGAGGAGGGACUUCCGGAACUUGUUUACCCUACCGACUACUGGAAAAAUAUGCUGGAUGAAUCGGAGACCUUUGCAUACUGCUGUCCAAGCGGUUAUGGAGGUAACGUGUAUGGAGAAUGCUCAUCUUUGCUUGGACCGGUCAGCUCUUAUACGUACUCAGAGAUUUGUCAACGAUAUGGUCGUGGUGGCCAGUUGACAAUCAUCUCAUCCGUGGACGGCUUGACAUAUACGGAUGGUGUACUUUCGCUCAUUGAGCCAACUAGAGCUUAUGAAGUCACUUCCACCGCCAUGCUUGACUUGGGAGAGCUCCAGCAAGAGACCGGGAAUGGCUUCAGCGAUAUCGCGAUCGCAUCUUGGACACCUGCAAUACCUUUAGUCUACAAGAAGUCGGAUAUGGACAAGGGAGACAGCGAUGAUAGCGAGACUGGAAGUACGGCUGUUACUGGUGAAGGCAGUGGUGAGAGCGCUGCUUCUACUGUUCAGAGGCAAAGUUUCAUUAGUGUACUUGGGUUGGCAUUGGGAAUUCUGGCCGGUGGUGGAAUGCUCUUUUUUUGA